AUGCCGCCGGCAAGUUCAAUGACUCAAAAAAAGGUUAGUUUUGAUCAAUUUUGCGAAGUUAUUUUUGAAUUUUUAUAGAAACGUGGUCAAAAUGUGGUUGAAAUCAAGAAAAUCCAGAAAUCUUCGAUCCCACACUGUAUUUUUUGCAAUUCGAGGGAGACGCAGACUUUAACGUGGGCAGACAAAUCUCUCGCCGAAAAAGGGAGAGAAAUAGUGUGUGGCAGACACACAUCGUGUCGAGACCAGCCUCUUUCUCUCUCUGUCUGCGUCUCCUCGGGAUUGCAUUUUUCUAUUACUCAGAGAAAGCCGGCGACUAAUCGGCGACGAACUUACGACGAAUCGAGAUCAGGCGACUAAUCGUCUGCCAAUCGUAAGUUCGUCGCAAGUUCGUCGGCGAAAAUAGUGUGUGUUUCCCGGAGACGCAGACGAAAAAGUUUCAGGCGACUAAUCGGCGACCAAUCAUAAGUUAGUCGCCGAUUAGUCGCCGAUUAGUCGCCUGAAACUUUUUCGUCUGCGUCUCCGGGAAACACACACUAUUUUCGCCGACGAACUUGCGACGAACUUGUUGGUCGCCGAUUAGUCGCCGGCUUUCUCUGAGUAGAAAAAAACACAGUGCCCAAAGAAGAAUGCAAAGAAUAUUUCAAAAAAGCCUCAAAAAUUGCCGGAAGUGGAUAAACUUGCUAUUGAACUUGAAAAGAAGAAACAAUUGAAAAAAUAUGACAUUUGGAAGAUGACCAAAGAAGUAUUUGUAGAAGAAUCAUCCAACAUUUGGGAUAAUGUGAGUUUCAAUUUCAUCUGCAAAUUUAUCAAACUUGUUAAUUUCAGAUGGAUUUGCCGAGGGAGGAAUUUGCCCAGAAGUUUUGUGCAGCUGACAUUUUGAAAGACUUGCAAAACUCAAAGAUUGGAUAUGCGAAUUUCUUGAUAUUUAUUGAUGAUUUCAAAACUUGUUAUGCAAAUGUCGACAAACUUCUAAAAAAACGCAAAUGUGUCAAAAAGACGAUGAAAACAAUUAUGAAAAACGGCCAUAGUUUGGGAUUCAACUCAUUGAUUUUCUGUGAACACUUCAAUUCGCGAUUUUUCUAUCCAAUUGUUGGAGAAUCAAUGACAAGACAUCGCCUGAAUAUUCACUAUCUAAUUACACAAAUGUUCGUUGAUUGCCCGGAAGAAUGGCGAGUUUUUCAAAAUCAACUUGAUGAAAAAGAGUUCAAAUGUUUGAUGUCGAGUUUUUUGUGUAUUCUUAUUCAAUCUGUUGUUGGUAGUGUCAGGUAAUUUUUCUACAUUUCCCAAAAACUUAAUCAAAGUUAUUAUUUAUUUCAGAAAGAAAGUGAUAUUUGAGAUCGACGAAAAUGGAAUUUUCAGUGGAUCUUCGUCUAGAAAAACACAGCUGAAAAUUAAGAAUCCACAACGAGAUUGUGUCGAAACUCCAGCUUUCUUCGAAGAAUCAUCAGCAAAUGUAUGUUUUUCGGUAAUAUUUUUUGGUAAUAAAAAUAUAUAAUUGUUAUAGGUUGUGGGAAUUCUACAUCCGAUAUCUUCUUCAUCACAAAAUCGAAGUUAUUCCGAUGAUUUAGGUUCAAAUUCUUGGAGACAAAACGAUGUUGAGCCGGAAUCUUUUUCGAAUAAUUCGACAACAACGCUGAAAAAGAAAUCGAAAAAGCUGUCUACAAAUAGUGUUGAGUCUCAAGUUUCCUACGAAGAAUCAUCAGAAAAUGUAUGUUUUUCAGUGAUUUUUAUGAAAAUAAACAUAAAAUUAUUAUAGAGUGCACUGAAAAUCGUGAAGAAGUCGAAAAAGUUCUCCGAAAAGACUCCAUCGCAAAUUCUUCCAAUUCCAUCAUUGAAUCAAGAAGUUCAGGAAAAUCAUGCUUGGGGUGCAAAUCCUUGGCAUCAAUCUACUGUUCAAAUGGAAGUUGAAACGAAACCAGAUAUUGAGAAAUUGAACAAUCAAAUUUUUGGAUCUUCAUCUAAAACAUCGGCCACAAAUCUGAAGAACAAAUCCACUAAAACUCAAGGAAUUUCUGGAUGUUCCCUUCAAAAAUCAUCUGAAAAUGUAAGUAUUUGCAGAAUUUUUGUAUUUUUGUCAAAAAUCAAGAUCCAAAAAUAUUUCAGACUGAAUCCCCAAUUUCAUCAAAUUCAGCAAAUCAACAAAUUCAGGAAAGCGAUUUGGAAACUAAGGCAGAAAAUCUGGCGGUUCAAGAUUUGCCCGGAGAAGAGGUUAGAGAUUUUCUAAAACUUGAAAGUUUCAAAUUGAAAUUCUAUAAUUUUCAGACAAAUUCAAAUCGAGAUGUGAAGAAAACGCGAAAAGAGUGAGUUGUUUUAAAUGCAAAAAUUCAAAGAAAUCGACGAGUUUUUCAGAAACUUUCAAAGUUUCGCAGUUUUUUGA